UAUUUCAAAAUGCCCUAUGUGACAGGGCAUUUCCUUAUCGUUAGACAUCCACAAUGCUCUCCAUGAACUAUCAUUUCUCAGAAAUGAGAGCAACUUUCCUUGUUGACUGCAACAAGAUAUGGUACAAAAAGAACGUAUUACGUGGCGUAUUCGGGCUGAAGGGAAGAGAGUCGUGUUUUGCUCACAAUGACUGUUCCUUUGCUCCUGGUUUUUCUUUCAGUUCUUCAAGUUGCCGAUUUACUAGUGGAUACAAGCAAGUUUUUAAUAUAUAAUGAAGACCACAAAGUGUGUGUACAUGCACAAAGUUCGGACUAUGUCACCACCAGGGCCUGCAACCAUGAAGAAGAGGCCCAAAAAUUCAGAUGGAUUUCCAGUCAUCAGCUCAUGAGUGUUUCUUUGAAAUUAUGUGUGGGCGUGGCUUCCAAAAUAGACUGGACACCAGUGACUCUGUACCCAUGUGACUCAACAAAUGAUCUCCAGAAAUGGGAAUGCAGAAAUGACACCCUUUUUGCCAUCCAAGGAGCUGAUCUGUUUUUCAACUAUGGCAACCGAAAUGAAAAAAGAAUCAUGCUAUACAAGGGAUCAGGCAUAUGGAGUAGGUGGAAGGUCUAUGGAACUAAAGAUGAUUUGUGUUCCAGGGGAUAUGAAGACAUGUUUACUUUGAAAGGCAAUGCCAACGGAGCACCGUGUGUAUUCCCUUUCCAGUUCCAGGAGAAAUGGUAUGCUGAGUGUACGUCUGAAGGCAGGUCAGAUCGCAAGCUGUGGUGUUCAACCACUAGACAUUAUGACACCGAUCAGAAAUAUGGCUUUUGCCCAUUGGAAUCUAAUGGAAUAUAUUCUUUGUGGAAUAUAGACUCAUUGACAAAAGUACUGUACCAGAUAAACUCAAAUGCAGCUCUAACAUGGCACCAAGCUAGAAAAAGUUGUGAGCAGCAAAAUGGUGAUUUGUUGAGCAUCACAGAGUUACAUGAGCAAAUGUAUUUAGCAGGCUUAACAUCCAGGUUGAGUACUGAACUCUGGUUUGGUCUUAACAGUUUGGACUUCAACAGCGGAUGGCAGUGGAGUAGUGGUCAUCCUUUCAGAUACCUGAACUGGGCACCAGGAAGUCCUUCCCCAGAGCCUGGAAAAACCUGUGGAAUAUUUAAUACUGGCAGAGGGGCCAAAUGGGAAAGCCGAGAAUGUAAUAAGAAACUUGGUUACAUUUGUAAAAAAGGAAAUGCCACUCUGAAUUCCUUCAUUAUUCCUUCAGAAUCGAACGUGCCCAUUAAGUGCCCUGAAGGAUGGAUAUCAUAUGCAGGCCAUUGUUACAAGACUCACAGAGAAACUGCUUUGUGGAAUGAUGCUUUAACACUGUGUAGGAAGGAAGGUGGAGAUCUGGCUAGUAUCCACAGUGUUGAAGAGUACAGCUUCAUAAUAUCUCAGCUUGGGUACAGACCAAAUGAUGAAUUGUGGAUUGGGCUGAAUGACCUUAAGCUCCAAAUGUACUUUGAAUGGACAGAUGGGACUCCUGUAACAUACACCAAAUGGUUCCGAGGAGAGCCAACUCACAGCAGCAACAUGCAAGAAGACUGUGUUGUUAUGAAAGGAAAGGAUGGGUAUUGGGCGGAUCAGCCGUGUGAUGCAAAACUUGGAUACAUUUGCAAAAGGAAACCAUUAAAAAAUGCUCCAGAGGAAAAGGAGAUCAUUGAAGAAGGCUGCCAAAGAGGCUGGAAAAAACAUAGUUUUUACUGCUACAUGGUUGGAAAUGUGUUUGCAACAUUUGCUGAGGCAAACCAAACAUGUAAAAAGGAGGGGGCUUCUUUAGCUUCUGUUGAAGACAGAUAUGAGCAAGCUUAUCUGACCAGUUUGAUUGGGCUCAGACCAGAAACAUAUAUCUGGAUUGGCCUUUCUGAUAUGGAAGAAAAAGGAACAUUCAGGUGGACCAGUGGAGAACCUGUCACAUUCACUCACUGGAAUUCAGACAUGCCUGGACGGAAGCCGGGCUGUGUGGCUAUGAGGACUGGAAUUGCAGGAGGCUUAUGGGAUCUUUUGAACUGUGAGAGGAAGGCAACAUUUCUCUGCAAGCGUUUAGUUGACGGGGUGACUCUUCCACCUCUGCCGACAACGACCCCUGCCCCCAGAUGCCCGGAAGAUUGGGGUUCCAGCGAUCAGAGGAAUUUGUGCUUCAAAGCUUUUUCAGGAAAAGAAGACCUGAAGACGUGGGCUGAUGCUCGAGGCUUUUGCACUGCUCUCGGAGGUGACCUGGCCUCCAUUAGCAGCCUAAAAGAACAACAAUCACUAUUUCGCUACUUAACGAACUAUGGAUAUGACAACAUUCAUUACUGGAUAGGUCUAAAUUAUCUAAGUCCAAAAGAAGGUUUUGAAUGGAGUGAUGGCUCUCCAUUUGGGUAUGUAAACUGGGGAUAUGGAGAACCUAAUAAUUAUAACAACAUUGAACACUGUGGAGAGGUACACGCAAAUUCUUGGAUGCGGUGGAAUGAUAUGCACUGUGAUGAAUUAUUUGCUUGGAUUUGCCAGAUUCCAAAAGGAGUGGAACCAAAACCUAUACCAACAGAUCCACCUUUGCCAAAAUUUGAGCUUACCCCUGAUGGAUGGGUGGUCAAUGGAGACAAACAGUAUUAUUUUAACACUGAUAAAGUACCUAUGGGAACAGCACGGGCAUUUUGCAAGAAGAACUUUGGGGAUCUAGCCGUCAUUGAAAACGACAAUGAAAGAAGGUUCCUAUUCAAAUAUAUGUCACAAAACGCCACUGUAGAUACCUACUUCAUUGGUUUACAACUGAGCCUUGAUAAGAAGGUUAGCUGGAUGGAUGGAACGCCACUGCAAUAUGUAGCCUGGGCACCACAUGAACCAAACUUUGCAAACAAUGAUGAGAACUGUGUCGUCAUGUACAGAAGAACAGGACUUUGGAACGAUAUCAGUUGUGGUUACCCAAACUCUUUCGUAUGUGAAAGACACAUCAAUUCAAUCAAUGCAACUGUUGCUCCAACAAAACCUUGCAUUCCAGGAGGAUGUCCAGAAUCGUGGCUUUUGUUUGAAAAUAAGUGCUAUAAAAUUUUUGGAUAUAAUGUGGAUGACCAAAAAUCUUGGAAUGAUGCACGCACACAUUGUCAAGCCCCUGAAUUUAGAGGAAACCUGGCUACCAUAUCUAAUGAAAAGGAACAAGCCUUCCUCACUCUCCAUUUAAAGAAUUUGCCAGCAGAAGCCUGGAUAGGAUUGAAUGAUAUCAACCAUGAUCAAAUGUACCUCUGGACAGAUGGAAGUGGAUUCCAUUAUGAAAACUGGGCAGCAGGUUACCCAUCAUCUGGAUAUGCUAGCUCCUCAGUAGAUCCUAAAUACUCUCUUCUUCCAUCAACAACCCCAGUACGUCAACUCUAUUAUGAAAAUAGCACCUAUUUCUUCAUCGAAUCAAAAGUGACUUGGAAAGAAGGCCAGCUGGGGUGUCAGAUUCAAAAAGAAGGUGCAGUCCUUGCCAGUAUUUUAGAGCCUUUCAGUCAGUCAUUCCUAUGGCUGCAAGUGUUAAAGUACAGAAGCCCCGUGUGGAUUGGGCUUAACAGCAAUGUGACCGGUGGACAGUAUUCAUGGAUGGAUAAAUUUAGAAUGAAAUUCACUAACUGGGCUCCAGGGGAACCAAGACAAAAAUUUGGUUGUGUCUUUAUGGAUCUGGAUGGAACAUGGAAGACAGGAUCAUGCGAUGAACAAUAUUUCCCACUCUGUAAACAUUCCAGUCAGAAGGCACCUACUGAACCUCCUCAGCUACCAGGGAAGUGUCCAGAAUCAGAAGAUAAACCAUGGAUUCCUUUUCAUCAACACUGCUACUACUUUGAAUCCUCCUCGAAAAAGAACUGGCCAAGGGCUUCUUUAGCUUGUUUACAGUUAGAUGCCACUCUGGUUUCCAUAACCGAUGCAGCAGAAGCACGUUUCAUAGUAGCAAAUAUAGAAGAACUUGAAAGCAAAACACGAUCGUUUUGGAUAGGAAUGUUCAGAAAUUUGAAUGGUGAUUGGCUCUGGCUGGACAAUGCGGCUGUGGAUUUUGUCAACUGGAACAAUGGGGAGCCGUCACCUCAAAGUAGUGAAGAGUGUGUAGAAAUGCUUUCAUCAUCUGGAAUGUGGAAUAAUGCUUAUUGCAAUAUCUAUGCAGGGUACAUUUGCAAAAAACCAAAAGUUGUUGAAAUUCUGCCGACUGAGAAGUUGCCAAUGAAACAAGCUAAAGAAUCAAGGAAGAUGGAAAACAGUCCUGCGUCUAGCCACAGCAAAACAACAGCAGUGGUGGUUGUGAUGAUCCUCAUUCUAGCAGGGGCAUCUCUCGCUGGUUACUAUUUCUAUAAGAAAAGACAUCAACACUUGGUGACAGAAGACAACUUUGAGAAUUCUCUCUAUUUUAACAGCAGUACCACUUCUCCAACUAGCGAUACAAAGAACCUGGUGAUGAACAUGGAGCAGAAUGAACAUGCUGCCAUUUAGUCUGAGGAAACAUAAGCAGUACCUUGUUUCAAUAAACGUACCAAAUCCCCAAAGCUCCAAUCAGAACACCUUUUCUCCCUUACAAAAUACAGUACUAAUAAUAACCAGCCCAUCUGUUGCAGCAUUUUUAUUGCAUAGUACGUGAAGCAGUGACUUUGCUUUGUGUCCCUAGUAAUUCAACAGCUUUGAUUUCAGAAAUAGCAAAGCGACUAAUUUAGCUCAUGGCCAAAAGAGCGAAGUGGCUAAGCUGCUGUAUAACAGGGGUUUAUUAAUGACAUUAAGAGGAAAUAGAUUAUCGAAUCUGAAAGACCAGGCACGGGAAGCCAUUUGUAGAUGGAAAUGAAUGCUAAGUGAACAAAUAUGUCUAUAUUGGUAUUUCCCUUCCAGAUUCAUUAUUGAGAAAUGAAUGCUGGUGAACUAAAGUUUUUCCAGAGAUAUUAUUUAUCCAAUAGUUUUACUGAGCUGGCUGGAUAGCUCAGGAGGCUACAAAGCCUCCUGAUUAGGAGUUCAAUUCCCCACUGAGCCUCCUGCCAGCCUGUGUGGCCUUGGGCAAGCAGCACAAUCGCAGGAUUUUGUCCAGAAGAAACGAAUGUUAAACCAC